AAAUGUACUUUUAUGAAGUCCUGUUUUCUCAGUGGUUUUUAAGCCUUUUUUACGCACUCUCAGUAAAAAUGUACUCAUAACACCGAUAACACUUAGGAAUCUGGCCCCAAUGAAAGAGCUGUUCAGUGUCUGCCAAUAGUUUAACUUAUUGUAGUAGCCUAACCGGUAGUUCGAUUUACGGAAGAGAAAGAGCAGAAGUCUACGACAGGGGUGUCAAACUUCCCUGACCGUUGUGGAAGUUGGGGUUGGACCACAAAUAGAACUGGUGUAUGAAUUUUAACCGAUAAGCCGCGCUUAAUCGAAGUAUUUACAUGAGAAGUUAGAGUGGACCAGCCGUUGAGAAAUGCGCCUGGCAUGCUUGUCCUCCGAGGUCUACACCCAUGUGAACCGCAUCUCCGGAACGGACUUAGACGUGGCCGCUAGUUCUCUCAGAACCAUUGUCCUCCCGCCCUGGUGUACCGACCCAGACCCGUAUUUCAAAGUUAGUUAACUGUUCGUAUCGCAGGACAACUGAGGUUGUGUUAUAGAGGACAAUCAAGUACCUUAACCACUCCAACGAAUGUGCUCCAGACAACCACUUAGAACGGAUGCAUAAAUAAGCAAUUUUGCACCUGUUUUUAUUAAUUAUACCACACUUGGUCUGUAAACAUUUUUGGAAUCAAAUUUUUCUUAAUGCUUUGCAUUGCUUCGUAUUUAUUCGGGCUUUAGAUUUUAUCUUUUGAAAAUUAGCUUGUGCCACGAUAGAACAGGCGCAUAAAAUAAGAAAAGGGGAGGUUCUGCUUCUGGGCAAGAGGGAAAAAAAUCAAGGAAGAUAAAAGUCAAUUUUGGCAUGACUUCAUAAAAGUAACUGCAAUUUCGUUCUUGAACGAGCAGCGCUGACGCGCUGAACGACGGUUAUAUAUGCAGAACUACCGACUGCAUCAUUAAUACAUUUUGAAAGAAAGAAAAAAAAACUAUCCCAAUUUUAACUGGAUCACCCUUCCACCUCCCACUCCGAGGUUCAACUUGGUUCAUCUCCGCUCGCGCGCAGCUUCAGUCUAGCUCGUGGAGGCACGAGCGCUGGAGCAGUGGCGCCGCUGUCUGCCACAGCCGAAGAGAGCAGCGGAUUGGAGAUACCUGCGUUUUAUAUGCGUGAACAGGCAGCCGCUCGCGUUCCUUUCACCAGCAAGUUCUUACAGAUAGCUUUACUCUACAAAGGGCUUGUUUGUGUUUUACAUUGCUGCAAUGCACAACCUCCGAAUAUCAAUGGACUUGGAUUUGAAGAGGGAAUAGUAUAUUUAUCUCUAUCUCCCUUUCUCGCCUUGAAGCGGCGUCAUUAGCCUACUGUUUUGUGAUAUGUGUUUUACAUGUUUGCGUGCAACAGUGAGGUAGUUCUUUUUGAGCCCGUGAUGGGAAUUUAAUCACCAGUGCAUAUGCGAAGCAUCGGGGUCUGGAGCGGUCUGUACCCUGGACGCCGCGGUUGAAGGCAGAUUUUGAGCGCAUGAGGCUCGGCCAGUUUGGGGGAAUGAUCCUGCUGAAUUUUCGGAAACGAAGGUCCGCGCGGCGCGGUUGGAUUAUUUCUCCGGAGAUGAUCCUGGUUCCAGUUCUCUGGUUCUUAUCCCAGGCACGUGCCGCGCCGUCUCUCACGGCCGAGCAGCUGGGCAUGGGGGUGGAUUGGCUGAGCAAGUUUGGGUACCUCCCCCCGCCGGACCCAGUGACGGGACAGCUCCAGACCAAGGAGGCCCUGACCCGAGCGAUCAAAGCCAUGCAGAAGUACGGAGGACUGGAGGAGACGGGAGAGCUAGACCAGGCCACGCUGUUGCUGAUGAAGACUCCUCGCUGCUCUCUGCCGGAUCUGUCUGAGGGGGAGUCUCCGGGCCGAAGGAGGCGAGCACUGAACCCCCAGAGCAAGUGGAACAAAAGACACCUGUCCUGGAGGGUGCGGACCUUCCCGAAGGAGUCGGCGCUCCUCGGACGGGACACGGUGCGGGCGCUGAUGUACUACGCGCUGAAGGUGUGGAGCGACAUCGCCCCGCUCAACUUCCACGAGGUGGCGGGCAGCGAGGCCGACAUCCAGAUCGACUUCACCAAGGCCGACCACAACGACGGCUACCCCUUCGACGGGCCGGGGGGCACGGUGGCCCACGCCUUCUUCCCCGGGGAGCGCUUCACCGCCGGAGACACGCACUUCGACGACGACGAGGCCUGGACCUUCAGAUCGCCGGAUGCCCACGGUAUGGACCUGUUUGCGGUGGCGGUGCACGAGUUCGGCCACGCCAUCGGCCUGGCGCACACCUCCGCCAUCGAGUCCGUCAUGCGGCCCUACUACCAGGGCCCCGUGGGAGACCCCCUGAGAUACGACCUGCCUUACGAGGACAAAGUCCGAGUCUGGCAGCUCUACGGGGUGCGAGAUUCGGUGUCCCACACCCUUCGCCCUGAUGACAGCUCCCAAACCGCUGCACCCCCGGUCCUGCUGGACCUCCCCGGAAACAGAUCCACUGUCCCGCCAGCUCGGGAUGUUCCUGACAGAUGCAACAGUCACUUUGAUGCUGUGGCGCAAAUUCGUGGCGAGGCCUUCUUUUUCAAAGGUACGGACGGAGGCGGAGGGGGAAGGGGAGGGGGGCGUGCGGGGGUGCAGGGGGUGCGUGGGAGGGUGGUGCGCGGGAAGAGCGGGAGCGUGACGCGCAGGUUUGGACAGACCCUGUUUUUCCCGCCCGCAGGACAAAAGUACUGGGUGUUCAAGGACAACAACGUGGAGGAGGGCUACCCCCGGCCAAUCAGCGACUUCGGCCUGCCCCUGGAGGGCGUGGACGCCGCCUUCGUCUGGCUGCACAACGACAAGACCUACUUCUUCAAGGGCAGCCGCUACUGGCGCUACGACGACCACCUGCGGCGCAUGGACCAGGGGUACCCCAAAGACAGCACGCUGUGGAAGGGGGUUCCGCCCCAGCUGGACGACGCCAUGCGGUGGUCGGACAGUGCCACUUACUUCUUCAAGGGGAAGGAGUACUGGCGGGUGGAGGGGAGUGACAUGGAGGUGCAGGCGGGGUACCCUCAGCCAAUCGGGCGGGACUGGCUGGUCUGCGCGGAGAUGCAGUCGGACUCUCCCGCCACGGAGGCCAACGGCACGGACCCGCGGAGGCGCGGCCUUCGCCACGGCGACCACGCCGAGAGCGGCUACGAGGUGUGCUCCUGCACCUCGGACUCCGCCGCGCCCCUCUCCCCCCCGCUCGCCCUCGCGCCGCUCUGGCGACUCGCCCCCCUCUGGACGGUCUUACUCACCCUGGCAGCGGCGCUCUGAUUGGAGCAGCAGCGGGGAGGGAGGGGCCACGGACUCACAGACUGGCAGCCAGCAGGUCCAAUCAGAGGGCCUGGCAGGGGGCUCGUCCGGAAUCCUCGUCCAGCUAACUGUUCUUCUUUCUUUUGUUUGUUUAUAGUUUCAUUGAUUGCAGCAGACUGCUAUUUGUUAAUGUAUCUGCUUUUUGUACAGCGAGCAUAAACUCAAGUUUAUUAUUAUGAUUAUUAUUAUUGGUAUUUCUGUGUUACUGUUAUACGGACUAUUAUUAUUAUUAUUAUUAUUAUUAGUGUUGUUGUUAUUAUUAUUAUUAUUAUUAUUAUUAUUACAUUUUGUUGUACUUCGACAGAUAUUUGUAAUUUCACCUAAUGCAAAAAAUAUAUAUACUCAGAAUAUAUCACUUGUAUUUCAGCAUUGAAGGAAAUUUUGUUGUGUUAUAAUAAUAAUAAUAAUAAUAAUAAUGCAGUAAUGGCAAUUUUGAUUACAAGGUUUUAGUGCAGUCACAACAGAGAUCAUAGGCUGGAGAUUGUUGUGUAUGCAACCUUCUUGUGACCUUGCUUUGUCUUUCAUGUUGUCUUAAUUCUGUUAUCAGCAAAAGUGCUUUAAGAGACCCUGUUACAGAUAGAUCUCUAUAUUUUGAUUAAUAGUGUCUGAGCCUUGGGUGCACCUGCCUGGAUGAAGGCGCAUUCUCUGCAUCCCACUGUCAUCCUCCCCACCCUGGGUUUGAUUAGUCGGGGCUGGGACUGGUUUUCCACUCUGUUCCCCUCUGAUGGAUGAGUGAGGCUUCACGAAACCCCACGAGGGGUGGAGCUAGCAAGUCCUGUCAAUCACGGUCUCAUAUCAACCAAUCAGAAUGCACUGCUCACCACAGAACCUUAUUCUGAUUGGCUCAAACCAGUGAGACACUGGUAAUCCAUAGUGGCAUCAUGGGGUUCAUCACCACUCUCCCAACACAAACUCAUUGCAUUCAUGUUUGUUUUGGUUAGAAUUCUGAAUAAUCGUGAAAUCGUUUUUUGUUGUUCUUCUUUCACUUCUCUUGAUCACAGCGGCAGCAAUUGACAUUUCAUAAUAUUCCUCCAAUCAACAACACGACAGCAUCCGCCAAUUUGCUCCGUAAUUUUGUGUGAUAGAUUGAGAGAAACAUGCCCUUUAUUCCAGCUUGGUACUGGGCUGAUUGCCAUUGAAUUGAUUGUACCCAUUAAUCCAAGACAGUUCUGAUAGCUGCACUGGUUUCAUAAAACUCAAAGAGACGGAUGCAGGAGAAUUGGUCAAUAGCAAAAAAAAAAAAAAAACACGCAGCCUUUGCUGACAUUGUUACUCAGACUUCUUAUUCAUAAUUACACGAAAAUGUAGCUUGGCUGCAGAAAUGUGGUUGAAACACCCUUGUUUUCUUACUCCUGAGAUAUUUUUGUACAAAAAUAAAGCAGAACAAAGUG